UAGGCCGUUGCUGACUCCCACUUUUGCCGGUCAUUAACAAAAAUUAGUUUGUCCUAUUCGUUAUCAGUAGCCUCCAAAACUUAGUUUACAGACCUUAUCUCAUAUAGUCACGUCACAUUACAAGUAUAAAAAUCUUUAUUUUAACAUGUCUUCUUUAUUUAAAGAUUUGCCUUCGGCCGUCAUGUAAUUCCUAGAUCAUAAAAGCCAUGAAUGCUGCAUUCGAAGGAAAAUUGUUAGGCACAGAUGGGCAGUAAAUGUUUUUAUAUUUUAAAAAUCUAGAACCACAUUGUAAUUUUUUUAUAGGCUGAAAGACUCGAAAUUUGUCGUUUUAAUCUGACUAUGUAAUCACCCUGUUCAAAUUUCACCAUGAAUUCGUUAAUAAAAAGUAUUGCUGGAACAUCCAAGAAAGUUGAUACCAUCUUUAUGUCAGCAAUUUUAUCAUUUAGGAUGGGUAACAGGAACUGGUGGCGGUAUUUCAAUGAAGUUGAAUAAUGAGAUUUUUAUAGCUCCAUCCGGUGUUCAAAAGGAGCGUAUAGAGCCCGAAGACUUGUUCGUUCAAAAUAUUGAUGGAGAGGAUUUGCAGUUACCUCCUGCCUACAAAAAUUUAUCGAAGAGUCAAUGUACUCCAAUGUUUAUGCUGGCCUAUCGUCAUCGUAAUGCAGGUGCAGUCAUACAUACACAUUCCCAGCAUGCUGUAAUGGCCACUCUAUUGUGGCCUGGAGAAGUAUUUCGCUGUACUCAUUUAGAAAUGAUUAAAGGCAUUUAUGAUGAUGAUUUAAAAAGAUAUCUACGUUAUGACGAAAAAUUGGUCGUUCCUAUUAUUGAGAAUACACCCUUGGAAAAAGACUUAAAGGACACAAUGUAUGCCGCUAUGAUGAAAUAUCCGGGAAGUUCUGCAGUUUUAGUGCGUCGACAUGGGCUUUAUGUUUGGGGCCAAACAUGGGAGAAAGCGAAAACAAUGGCGGAAUGUUACGAUUACCUGUUCGCUUUGGCUGUCGAAAUGAAGAAGGCAGGUCUAAAUCCCGAAGAAGUACCAAAUCAGUAAAUCAUUUGUUACUUAAAAUACAAAAAACUGUAUUUUUUUUUUUUGUUAUAUAAAAAUGAAAACAAUAAUCUCCCGA